AUGGUUCAACGAGGCAAGGUUUUGGAGAUUGAAGGGCCAACACCCAAAUUUCUAUAUGCUAUGCUCAAGCAGCUCGAUCUCAAGAAUAUUGACUGGAACCGUGUGGCUACCGAGCAAGCAAUAUCCAAUGGCCAUGCCGCUCGCAUGCGAUUCUCUCGAUUUCGCAACCAAAUGGAAGGAAAAACUGGGGCUCAGCGACCGGGCAGAAAGAGAAACUCUAAGAAGGCCGACAAUGUCAACAAAGGGGAAAAGGGAGAUCCCAAAGCCAUGGUAUUCGAAAUGCAAAUACCGCCUCAUCCUAUCCCUGGGCCUAGCAUGGAGAGCGGCGAGUCAUUUCAAUACAUAAACUCUGUCAAAUUUGAAGGAGACCAGAGGGUUCCCUUUUCUGACAUAGGCGAACUAUAUCCGUGGUCCCAAGGAAGUCCAACCAGCAUUACAAAUUACCCUACUCCCCAAAUCAACCCAUUCAUGUUACAUGAAAUGCAACACGGACUGUCAUACCCUGGCAUACCCUCGGGAUUCCCUUCGGGCUUCCCCUCGAUGUCAUCAAAUUCGCAAUGGUUCUAUUCUCCAAUUGGAAUGCCGCUGGACUCCACUAUGCAAGACCUUCCAAUUAGCCUGCCAGAUUGUAACUACAAUCCAGUCGCCACCUGGGAGUCCACCGUCAUGAAUCAGCCUGAAGUUCCACCAGUCAAGACUGAAGAAGAUGUUCAGUUAGUCGAGGUGAAGAAUGAACCAGAUAUUCCUAUCAAAGUUGGAAUGUCGCAGGAUAUCGCCUUCCAAGAGCUUACCACCAGCCUGCCAAGUUUCAGCUAUAAUCCAGCCGUUUCUUGGGAGUCCACUACUGUAAAUCAGUCCGAAACCACACGAGCUGGAGUGGAUGUUGAAGGGGAUGUUCAGUUAGUUCAGGUGAAGACUGAACCAGAUGUUCCUGUCAAAGUUGAGACAUAUCAAAUUGUGUAA